CUUGUAGAAAGCAGCCUCCUGGAGAGCAGCAGAGCAGCAGGCUGUCUGCGCUAUGGCCGCUGAACUGCAUUUCUCGCCCCGUGAGAUCCCUGAGCCCGCGCUGAUGGAGAACGUGCUGCGCUCCGGCCUCUUCUUUGGAGCCGUUUUCCAGCUGGUGUGCGUGCUGGCCAUAACCCUGCCAGUUCCCAAGUGCCCAGAGACAGACUGGGACGGCUUGGAGUCUAAGACUUGGGAGACGGUGAAGAAACCAAAGGCAAGUGCUGCACAGCUAAGCAAGAAAGCCAAGAAGGAAAGCAAAAAGAAACGGUGA